AUGGACGAAGAAAUCUACAACAAUGCCUACUAUCCCAAUCGGAAUCUCUAUUAUUCGUCGGCGCCCUAUCAAUAUAGAAGUCCAUUCGUGUUGUCGCGGCCGUAUUUCGACGACGACUACACCGACUACUAUCGCGAUUUUUUGGCGAAAACCGCCAAUUUUGGCGGCUCGCGCAAUUAUGAUCGAAAAUUGCGCGUGUUCGACUCAUCGACCUAUUAUAUUCGAGUGUUUGCCUAUGCACAGAUUUUUCUCGCCGGCGUUCUUCUCGUCACCGACGUCUCGAAAAAUGUCCUAUUAUGGAAUUAUGUGCAGUCGAAUGGCGCCAAAAUUGAAAUGCUCUCGCAUCUCGUCUUUCCGAUAUUCGCCCUCAUCGUCGGCUUCAUUUGUUUGACGUCGAUUCUGAAUCCGUCGAAGACGAUGUCGAAAUGCGUCGCGAUUCUGAUUCUCGUCGUCGUCGUGCCCAACUUCAUUUUUCCGAGAUACUCGAUUUUUAUGCAAAGCGCCGUCGAGGCGAUCGACGUCGGCCAAAUGAUGGAUCGAAGCGGCCUACUGAAAGACGCCGAGAAGCUGAUGAUACGCUCCGAGACGCACAAUCGAAUGUCGAAAUUGCUGAUGCUCAGCACGUCGCGAUGGCCGCUGGGCGUCUCGGAUCUGACGAAUCUACCUCAGGAUUUUGUGCUAAUGAUGCAAUAUCUGCUCAUCGCCUAUUCGAUAUUCUCGCUAUCGCUGUUCAUUUUCUAUUUCAUCACGUUGUAUUGCCUUAUAAGGCUGAUAUCGGUUCAAUAA